AUGUUGCGGCCGCACUUUCUCCCCUCCGCGCGCGGACGGGGCCCGCCAGCCACCGCGGCGCAUCCGAGGUUUGCGAGUCAGCCAGCGGCUCUCUCUGGCGAUGUGAGGCUUCUCGCCCCACUGGCAGUUGUCGAGGGUCAGUUUGCGCCGCCGCCGCACUUCGUUCAAGGCCGUCCGUCGCCCAAGCAACUCCUCGAGGCGAGCGGAGCCGCGCACCCGCCCCCUGCGCACGUCAGGUUUCAUCCUGCACACGCUGCUGCAGUGUACGUACACCCGACUGCUCCUCUGGAGCCGAGUCACGCGGCCGCGCACUUUCUCCCUCAGGGCCUCGGGGCGGAAGGCACACUUCCCUCGCGGGGGAGGAAGCGCGCGACCGCCUACGACUCCGGAGCGUCUGUCUUUCCUACUGAGCAGCAGCAGCAAGGCAGAGAUUUGCCGGCGUCCUUCGCAGCCGCAGUGCCCGCGGCGCAUCUUCACCCGCACGCUUUCGCUGCUGCAGCCUGGGCUGCCAGCCCCCCAGGAGGGGGGCGUCCGCUGCAUGCGCGCGACUCUGCGUUCGGCCACGGCUCAAGAGACAGCGAGGCGCGGAGCCGCGCGGCGUCGCCCAGUGCCGGCGGGGGCUCCUCCGCCGCCGCUCCCCACGCCGCCCACGCGGCCAGCGAGCAGGGCGGCCGGUCGCGUGGCCGUUUGGCUUCGCCCGACGCCGCGAGUCGCAUUCCGCCUGCGGCUUUCGCGGGGAGCGCGGGCAGCGUGCGGCGGGAGAUAGAGCGUUCCCAGGAGCUGCCUGGGGGUGACACCCGAGCCAGCUGGCGGCUAGGCGCCCCACGCGGCGCGGAGGACGCUAAAUGGAGGGAACGGAGAGGCGCCUCGGGGGGCGCGGACUCCGCGGAGAGAGCGGCGCACCGAGAGAGGCGCUCCACUGAUGCGGACUGCGAGGCCGGCGGUGUCCGCGAGAGGGCUGCCCUUUCCAGAAGACGGCGCGAGGCCGAGCGCAGCGGAGAGCCGCACCGCAACAGGGGCGCCGCCGCCGCGUCGGCGGCUAGGCGGUCGCAUGCUGCGUAUGCGCGAGACGAGAGGACCUUUCAGACGCAUGCAGGCUGCCGUUCUGCGUCUGACGGGCUCCUGAGCCGCAGUCCAGAGGCCGCCGAGCGGCUCUCCGCGGCGUCUCUGCCGCCUCAGUACGUCCCACAGAUCGGCUUCUCGCAGCUCACUCAGUAUCCAGCGCCGCAGGCGGGCCUUUCUUACGUGCCUCCGUCGGCGUCUGUGGCGCAACCUCCUCUUGGAGGGGCGCUCCACAGUGAAGUGUGCGGCGGGAAUCGCGCGCUGGAGCAUGCAUCUUUCUCUCGCUCAUCCUCGCUGAGCUCUUCGGCGUCUUCGCACGCCUCCGCGCCUGCCGGCUCCUCUCAGCCUUCUUCUGCGGGCGGAGCCUCGGGCGUUCGGCCGUUGGGGGAGAGAGGAGAAACAAGCUGCCGCGACGGGAGUGUGCAUCGGGCGCAUCCGAGCGAAGCUCGCGUCUCUGUUGUGCAGCAGGGGGAAAGGGAGCGCAGCGCCUCACAGCAAAGCGCGCCGUGGGGCGGGCGAGGCAGCCGCGAGGCGACGCUUAGCCAAGGCAGGCCUCUGCAGCCGCCGUCUGCUCCCGGCGGAGGCCGCGGCGCGCCGAGGCCUUUCCGCAGCGGGUCGCCGUCCCCGUCCCACUCGCGUGGGCUGUCAAGGGACCGGGGCAAACCAAAUCUCCCCGCGAGUGACGGAGUCGCCCGAGCCGCUCAGGGCCCCUGCGGGAGGGGGGCGCCGUCUCGAGAGAGUGGUCGGUCACGCGCCGCGCAGGCGAACGCGGAUGCAGGCGCCCGGGCGCAUGCAUCUAUCUCUCAUUUCCCGAGAGGACCGCCCGAUGCCUUUUCUCCCCACGGGGCUGCGCCACCAGAUGCCGCAGACCAACCCCGCAGCAACCAUGGAGGUGACCGAGCCUUGUCUGCGAGCGUGGCAAGCGGAGGAGGCGAAGCGAGCGGGCAGGAUGCGGCGCCCUGCGGCGCAGCGACGAUCCCUCCGUCCGCGGCGCUCUCCGUAGCUCCGCUGAAUUCGCAUUCUGCGAAGCGCCUGCGCUCCGCGGUUUACUACCCUCCGGUCCUGUCUCCUCCGUUGGACUGUCUCGCCGUAGGCUCGCAGGCCGGCUUCGCGCCCCGUCUCUCUCCAGAUGCAUGCGAGGGGGGCGGGCGUCCAGUUAUGCCUCUGCGGAGUCUGCGCCCGAUGCAGCGGCAGCUGGCGCUGACGUUCAUGCUCCUCCGGCCUCUGCCAGACCCCCUUUCCCGCACUAUGGAACAGCACCGUGUCCACUACAUGGUCGCCGACGCGUCCGCGUGCGCCGUGCUGGCGCUUCCCCUUCUUUUUCUGCGGCGGCGGAUCGCCCAGCGAGAGAGCGGAGGCGGCAGCGGGCCGCGCGGCGGUGCGGAGGCUGAGGGCGACGCAGGCGGCGCAGCGGGAGCUGCAGCAGACGAAGAAGAAGAACGAGAACGAGUCAUUGAAGAUGUGAAGGCCACGCUGCAGCCCGGAGAUGUCAUACACGUCACAGGCGCCAUGACGACGUGGUCUGCAAAAGGCGAAAUGGUGAUCACUCUUCCCAUCCCGAGAGGUCUCCGACCUGAGCACCGUGGACGGCAAGAGAGAGAAGAACGGUCCAAAUCGGGGGAGGGAUCUCUCGAGGUCGUCGGCCGGUUUUCGUUCCCCUUCGUGACAGAGCCAGAUAUGAGCUGUAUGUACACUGCAUCUUCUCCCGAAAAAGGAGAGCGGUGGGCACGCGGCGCGGGUCAAGUCUCUCCCGAGUUUGCUGCUUUAGCGCUGACUGAAACGGAGUCAAAGGAGCUGAGUAGGCACAUCAGUUUCGCAGCAGCACAGGCCGCCACUCCGUGUGAAGGGUUUGGUUCCCUUCUGGCAGAUCCACUCGCGUGUCUGGGUCCGCCUCCACCGCACUACGUGCUCCUAGCUCCCGAGUGA